GAUCAUGACUAUCCUCGAAUACAAUCCCUGGGAAAUAGAGGCUAAUAUUUCAGCGUUGAUUCCGCUGCCGUCAAGACAUAUAUCACUCUUUAACCGUGUCACCGGGCCACCUCGCGCCUCAGGCCAACCAGUCAUCAUCUGUUUCACUGGAGCAGGCGCUCCGAUAGCAGUCUCCAUCACUUGUACCUCGAGCUCCUCGGCCUGCUUCCAUUGGCUUUGAUUUCGGUACGUCGAUGCCAGGUUGUCGAGUCGCUCGGGUAUACUGCCUUGUAUUUUCUUCAUGAUCCCUUCCUUGGCAAAGCCCGAAAGCCUCAAACCGGCAGGAAAAGUUCACGCUUGUUUUCGACCGAAAAAAGACGAUCAAGGUAGCCUAAUUAUGCCAUGGUCUGCUGCGGAGUUUACCACGUAUAUGAACUAUAUUCGUGGAUCGGAUGAUCAGGGCCAGCCCGAUUACAAGUAUCUCUGGAAUUUAUUCAGCCGCCUUUUUCGCCGCAAAGGUUUCAAGUAUGACAAUGUUGACGUCACAGCCUGUCCUUGGCCUAGGUGAUCAAGCGCCAUCAGCAAGUCGCACGUGACAGUGAACCUAACCCACUUAGGAGGUAUGUUUCGGGGUUGUCGGGCAGUGAGCGCUCCGAGCGUAAUGAAGAACAUCAUAGCUUCGGGGUUAAUCGGCUUGCCAGCCACUUAUUUCCGAUGGCUGAGUUUACAUGAAUGCCGCAAGUCCAACUAUUUUGACGAUGAGUUAGCCUUGAAUGCUGCGUCGAAUAUAAUAUGCCAGACUUCGGUACCGAAAGCACGGGUCAAGAAGUUGUUGACGCAUACCCAGAGAAUGUCAGAGACCGUAUCAGUAUGCCGGACCUUCUCCUAUCAUUUUAGACAUGGAGAAUGUCCUUUCUGACUUCUCAAGUCGUCAUCACAGGUGCAACAGGCCAUAGCAUCGGUAGCGCAGCUACUCUUGCUUUCGCCUCUGCAGCCCCCCGCCAGUUGAUUCUAGUUAAUCGGAACCUGGAAAAAUCGAAACGGCUGAUCAGUUUAAUCCACGAGAAAGCCCCUUCGGUAUCCGCCAUCUUCAUCAAAUGUGAUCUAUCUAGUCUGGAGUCAGUAAAGCAGGCCGCUCUGGAGAUAUCUCGUUCUGUCCCACACGUCGAUAUCCUGAUUAACAAUGCAGCAACUGUACCAGGGCCAUACUCACAGACAGAAGAUGGUAUCGAAAGUCAAUUUGCAGUUGACUACGUUGCGCAUUUCCUGCUGACAAACCUCUUGAUGCCAAAACUUCUUGCGGCGGGACCUGGGACGCGGGUCGUUAAUGUUGCUUCUUCUGCUGUUCGUCACCGGACUCAUGCCAAAUUCGACGACUAUAAUUUCUCAGAUGGAGACACAUACACGGCAUUCGACGGGUACAUACAAGCAAAAUUAGCCCUUGUUCUCUUCUCUAUUGCUCUAGCAAAGAGAAUGGAGACACACAACAUGCAAGCUUACUCGCUGCAUCCCGGGUCCAUCUCAAGUGAAAUGCGAGCGAGCGUUUCGCUUGACGACUGGCAGGCGUCGGAGAAAAGGAGAACAGAGGCUGGCACCAAAACGGAGGGCACAAGGAAGAAAACUGUAGAGGAAGGAUGUGCGACCAUGUUGGUCGCAGCCCUGGAUCCGCGCAUAGCACAUCAGAGCGGGGCGUAUCUGAAAGAUGGAGCAGUCGCUACCGAGUUCAUUCCGGUGGUUGAUGGAAACUCUGAGGAGAACUCGGAAACCCUCUGGAAAAUUACUGAACGGUUGCUAAGGAGCGACUUUACUUGGCCAUGAGGAAUGUGGGCGUUUCUAUUUCGUCACAUACCAAGAAUGACAAUUGCUUCUCGGUAACUCGUUUCAAUGUCAAGCUUUGAAAUUUGUAACUUUAUAAUGGAAGUCCUCUUUUACAUACUACGUGUUACUUGC